AGCGGUUUCAGUCGCCGGAAAGAUGAGCACUUCCGCCUCCUAGUCUUCCUUCCGUCGAGGAACCGGCGGGGCUUAGGCCGCGCACCGCCAGCCAGGCUUAGAUUGGGUGCCAUGCGGCGGCUCUGGCCGCCGCCGCCCCUGUCGCUUUUGCUGGUGCUGCUUUCGGCGGCCGUGCUGUAUGGAGGAGCGGCGCCUCCCACCGAGAAACUCUCUUCCGCCUUGCCGGGGACGCCGGGCGGCAGCGGCUCUUCUGCCGGCGAGGGAGGACCGCGGGGCGGCGGCGUGAGCGUGAACGGCAGCAUGGCCGCCGCGCCCCCCCGCUCGGAGGUCAACCAGCCCAUGACCCAGCGCGCCCUCUCGGUGCUGGUUCUGGCCAGCGCUGCCCUCAUCGUUUACUUCGUCAUCCGGACCGUUCGACUUAGACGAAGAAACAGGAAGACACGGAAAUAUGGUGUUCUGGACACAAACAUAGAAAACACAGAGCUGACACCUUUAGAGCAAGAUGAUGAUGAUGAUGAUAACACAUUGUUUGAUGCCAAUCAUCCUCGAAGAUAAGUAUGUGCCUUGUGGAGAAAUAUUUCAAUUGUGGAGCAACAAAAGAAGCCUGUUUGGAAGGAACAUGAAGCCAAUAUCAAAGUUGAGGAUAUGAAAUGUAUUAUGACAUCUUUGUUGCAAUAAAUACUAACAUUUUACUGUACCUUUUGUAUAUACAGAAAAAUUGUAAGGUCAAAGCCUAUGGAAAUAGCGCACUAAAUUUCUAAUCUAUUUUCAACAGGGUAUUUUCUGCUUAUAUUAAUUUGUGAUUAUUAUUAUUUUUUGAAAUUCUUUUGUGGGCCAAUUUUUUUUAAUGUAAAUUGUGUAAUUUAUUUGUUUGAAUUCCUUGCAGCUAGCCAAAUCUAACCAUGUGUCAGAGGGAUGUAUGUUCUUAGUAAAUUAGAUGUAUACUGAAGCUCUGUGUGAAUGAUGUAAAUAAAUGUUUAUGGUAUUCCUAACAGUCA